GCACACUCGGGACAUGGCAGGCAAGUCGUCCCACACCAUGACAUCCAAGACUCCUCUUGUCUCCAACUUGGACACUCUUCCUGCUACCGUCCCUGCGUCCACAAAGGCGAGCAUCCAGGAGUCCCUCGCGACGCUGCGCACGUCGUUCCGCCAAGGCAAACUUCGCUCGCUGGAGGCGAGGAAGUGCGUCUUGCGUCAAAUCCACACGCUUCUUACUGAAGGAACUCCGUUAUUGGAAGCGGCUGUGAAGCGUGACUUGCACAAACACCCAACGGAACUUCACGUGAUGGAAUUGGCCGGCGUGUACCACGAGAUUCAAGAGUUCCUCGAUUACUUGGACGAAUGGGCCGCCCCCGAGAAGGUCGGCACCAACUUGAUCAACCUUCCAGGCUCGUCCUCGAUUAUCAGCGACCCCCUUGGUGUGUGUUGCAUCCUUGGCACAUGGAACUACCCCGUCAGCCUCCUCCUUGUCCCACUCGUUGGUUGUAUCGGCGCGGGCAACACGGCUCUCCUCCGAUUGCCUACUGAUGGUACCGCCGACCACACAUCUGCUGCAUUGGCGCAUCUCCUCGACAAAUACGUUGACCAGACCGUCGUCCGCUACGUUGCUGGCGGCAUCGACGCUAACAUUGCCAUGCUGGCAGAAAAGUACGACCUGAUCUUCUGCACAGGAGGCACAACGAUUGGCACGAUCGUCGCACGCGCCGCCGCCGAGACACUCACCCCCAUUGUGUUGGAACUGGGUGGGAAAAGCCCUUGCAUCGUCGAUUCCAAGGUGGACCUGAACGUAGCGGCAUCCCGCAUCGUCUGGGGCGCCUUUGCCAACUGCGGGCAGACGUGCGUUCGCCCGGACUACUUGUUUGUGCACGCAUCGGUGGCCGACACGUUCGUGGCGCUCGUGCUCGAAAAGAUCAAGACGUUUUACGGUGCGCAGCCGGAAACGUCCGAUUCGUACGGGCGGCUUGUCAACGCUGCGCAGUUUAAUCGCUUGUCGAGCAUCGUCGACGCCGACCGCGCGUUCAUCGCGUGCGGUGGCCAGCGAGAUGCUGCCGACCGGUACCUCGCGCCGACCGUGCUCGACUUUGGGAGCGAUGUCGCCGCGUUUCAAGCAAGCGCGGCCAUGUCUCGUGGCGAACUCUUUGGCCCAGUCCUCCCCAUCGUGUCGUACACCGACCUGGAUGCCGUGAUCGACUUCAUCAACGCGCGCCCAAAGCCGCUGUCGCUCUAUGUGUUUUCCGACAACAAACAAGGCGUGGUCGACCCGGUGCUGGCCCAAACGUCGUCUGGCAGCGCCUGCGUCAACGACGCGCUCGUACAAAUCACAAACGGAAACCUCCCGUUUGGCGGCGUCGGCACUUCCGGCAUGGGGGCGUACCAUGGCAAGCAUUCGUUUCGCGCAUUUAGCCACCAGAAGGCGGUCGUGCGAAAGACGACCAAGUUUGACAUGCCCCAGCGAUACAUGCCGUACACAGCCGCGAGCAGCCGCAUCAUCAAGGCGGCCGCCAGCCCCAUCACGCGCACGCAAACUCGGCUCUUUGUGGCCGCGGCAGCCGGGGCCGUCGUGGCCAUUGUCGCUGCGCUUGUGUGGGCAGUUGUGCCCAAGUGAGUCGUGGUGCAUAGAUCAAUUCUCUCGAAUGCUGCUCACGAUGGACUUCUUCGAGCGCCGACACUCGCUGCUAGAAUACGGAUGGACGGGAAGGAGGUAGGGGCCAACGAGCCUUGCAGAGGCCUCCCUCAAACCCUUCGUCGAUGGCGGGAGUAUGCGCCAACACGGUCGGGGAAGUGCUGGCAACGAGAGCGCAGUCUGCCACCCGACUGGUCAAAUGACGACUUGAGGCUUUGGGUGUCGCGGCCACGCAAGUCGGCUGCACGCUCGACGACUCUUCCACCAACCGAGAUGGCGGCGCUACCGAUCGUUCUUGAUGAUUCUGCUCUCCAUGCCUAGCUACAUCUCCGACACUUGCAUGGACAAUCGUGUGGGGGCGCCUAUCCUUCGAACGCCGACCGUCCAAGUCGGAGCCGUCGAGGAAGGCUUGAGGACGGGUGCAAAGCCUGCACGAGCGAGCGUCUGCAUCAAGAAAACCUGGCAAACGGAGCAUAAUUUGAAGGAUUUAGGUGCUGAUAAGUUUCUCCGCAAUGCUGAGCUGCGCUUGCGUCAAACUUGACAGGUACGACAC